AUGCGUCGUCUCGCAGCCAGAGCCGCCUCUUCCGCGACUGCCGGCCGUGUUGCCUCGCUCAGCUCGUCCAGCGCGCCUCGAUCUGCUCUUUUGCUGUCUUCGUCCGUCUCGCCUCUAAAAAGGAUGUCGCCGCCGUCGCCCAAGGCAGCCACCUCGGCUGCUGCCAUCCGGAGGCUACAUGCCACGGCCCAGCACUUCCAGAAUAUCACUCCGGCCUUUGGCCUCAACAGCACCGCAACCAGCUACCCGACAUCCCACGACAAGGUCGAGCAGUAUGAGACCCCGUGGUUCAUCGACAACGAGUUCAAGCCCUCGGCCACGACCGAGUUCAUCGAUGUCCAUGACCCGGCCACCAACAAGCUGCUCACUCGCGUGCCGCAGAACACAGAUGAGGAGCUCAAAGCUGCUGUUGCCUCGGCACAGAAGGCCUUCGAGUCAUGGCGCAAUACGACUGUGCUUCACCGGCAGCAGAUCAUGUUCCGCUUUGUGGCCCUGAUCCGCGAGAACUGGGACCGUCUGGCCGCUAGCAUCACCCUUGAGCAGGGCAAGACUUUUGCCGAUGCCAAGGGUGAUGUGCUACGCGGGCUGCAGGUUGCUGAGGCUGCCUGCGCUGCUCCUGAGCUGCUUAAGGGCGAGGUACUCGAGGUUGCCAAGGAUAUGGAGACCCGUACGUACCGCGAGCCCUUGGGCGUCGUGGCCGCCAUUUGCCCCUUCAACUUCCCCGCCAUGAUCCCGCUGUGGUGCAUUCCCAUCGCCACGGUGACGGGCAACACCAUCAUUCUCAAGCCGUCUGAGCGUGACCCCGGCGCGGCUAUGAUCCUGGUCGAGCUGGCCAAGAAGGCCGGUUUCCCCGAGGGCGUCAUCAACGUGGUGCACGGCGCCCAUAAGACGGUUAACUUCCUUCUCGACGAGCCCGCUAUCAAGGCCAUCAGCUUCGUCGGCGGCAACAAGGCCGGCGAGUACAUCUUCAGCCGUGGCUCGGCCAACGGCAAGCGUGUGCAGGCCAACCUUGGUGCCAAGAACCACGCUGCCGUUCUUCCCGACGCCAACAAGAACCACUUCCUCAACGCAGUCGUCGGCGCGGCCUUCGGUGCCGCUGGCCAGCGCUGUAUGGCCCUGUCGACACUCGUUACGGUUGGUGAGACCAAGGACUGGCUGCCCGAGCUGGCUGAGCGCGCCAAGGCACUGCAGGUCAACGCCGGCUUCGAGCCCGGCGCCGACCUGGGCCCCGUCAUCACACCCCAGAGCAAAGCCCGCAUCGAGUCACUGAUCGCCUCGGCCGAGGAGGAAGGCGCGACCAUCCUGCUCGACGGCCGCGGCUACAAGCCGGAGAAGUACCCGGACGGCAACUGGAUCGCGCCGACCAUCAUCACCAACGUCAAGCCGCACAUGCGAUGCUACCGCGAGGAGAUCUUUGGCCCCGUGUUGGUCGUCCUCAACGUCGACACGCUGGACGAGGCCAUCGACCUCAUCAACGCCAACGAGUACGGCAACGGCGUGGCCAUCUUUACGCGCAGCGGCGCCACGGCCGAGAAGUUCCGCCGCCGCAUCGAAGCUGGCCAGGUCGGCAUCAACGUGCCGAUUCCUGUGCCGCUGCCUAUGUUCAGCUUCACGGGCAACAAGAAGAGCGUUGCUGGCGGUGGUGCCAACACCUUCUACGGCCGGCCCGGCAUUAACUUCUACACGCAGCUCAAGACCGUUACAACCAUGUGGAGCCAGGAGGAUGCACUGGGCAAGAAGGCCGAUGUAGCCAUGCCUACACACAGCUGA